GAUAAGAUAAUCCCUACAUACACUAGGUACCUAAGGUACAUACACUAGAAGAUGGGACGCCCGCCGAGCUUAGCUCGUGACAACAUCGACACCCUUCUCUCUCCUAUACAUAUACCAAUAGUACACCUCACAUGCUCAACAAAAUCGCAUCAUCGUUUAUUCUACGAACCAGGCUGCCCUGAAAAGGCAUUUGCCUGACCAUCGUUCUUCCACCGAUCCUCGCUAUUGCUAGACAAUGCGCGCUUCGGAUUCCACAGCAGAUUCCAGGGCACGGCGAUCAUGGGCAACAAUUCGAGCAGAGUGACCGCCCAGGACAAGGCGAUCCUCGACCUCAAACUACAGCGCGAUAAGCUGCACCAAUACCAGCGGCGCAUCACGGUCCUAACAGAUAAGGAGACGGCCGUGGCGCGACAGAUGCUAGCGGCCGGCGACAAGAAGCGCGCCCUGCUAGCACUGCGCCGGAAGAAGUACCAAGAGUCGCUACUCGAGAAGACCGACGCCCAGCUCGCCCAGCUAGAGCAGUUGACCCGCAGCGUCGAGUUCGCGCUCAUCCAGAAGGACGUCGUGUUCGGUCUGCAGCAGGGCACGCGGGUCCUGCGCGACAUCCACGCCGAGAUGGGCGGCAUCGAGCACGUCGAGAAGCUUAUGGGCGACACGGCGGACGCUAUUGCUUACCAGAAGGAGGUAAGCGAAAUGCUAGGCGGCAGAAUUACAAACCAGGACGAGGACGAGGUCGAAGACGAAUUAGCCGCCCUCGAGCAGGAAGUCAACGGCCCGGCGAAACUACCCAACGUGCCGGAUACCAAGAUACCCCCGCCAAAGAUCAAAGAUGCGGUGCCGCAGGAGCAGGAACCGGAGCAAGAACCCGAGUUGGAGAGGAGAGCUAUGCUCGCUGCAUAAUACGAGCGCGAGCGGUGGAUACAGCAAGAGAGCGGAUGAAUACAAUAUUUUCAACUGCAUAAUGAAUCGUUGGUGGAAACUAGAAGACGCGUUUUGGAUCUGGAUAUCCAGGAUAGAGUAGUGUGUAUAGUAUAUUGGAUAUUAGUCCCCCUUUUUUGAAGCAGCACGGGAUCGCAAUUCCUCUCGUUGGUAAAUGGACGUUUCCCCGGUGUAGAGCGAAGGAAGAAGAUAUAGAUGAGCUAGGUAGCAUCACAAACACGGACAGCUAGGGUAUACGUAGUGAGCUGUGCAAUUGCAUAAAUAGACAAUACGAGUUUACUUACCCUUUUG